CCUCGGCCGCAGUGGGCGGGGCCUCGAGGCGUCGGUUUCUCUCGGCUACUUAUUUGUAUCCGGAGCAGUGCCUGCGUGGAGCUUCCACGCUGCGACUCCGGGGACCUUCCUCCUUACGCCUGCACGACCUGCUGGGACAGCGAUCAGCCGUCUCUUCCUCCUGAGGAUCUUGAAGCAAAACGCAGCUCUACCUCCCUGCAAAGGAGCUGGCAUUGCAGCCAUGAAGUAUAUGUUGAACCUCUAUCUGCUGGGGGUUGUACUGACCCUGCUGUCCGUCUUUGUUAGACUGAUGGAGUCACUGGAGGGCUUGUUGGAGAACCCAUUGCCUGGGAGCCCCUGGAUCACCAGAGGUCAGCUAGCCAACACCGAGCCUCCCAAAGGCCUUCCAGACCACCCAUCUAGAGGAGUGCAGUAAAGCCUCCCUCCAGGCUUCAGCCAGACUUCGAUACACUAACUUGAGCAUGUCCAACCAAGUGUUCCAUUUCCGAAGAGGCAGCAUCCGUGUCUCCAAAGAACUGUUACUAGGCCUGGAAGGGCCUUCGUUUUGGAUGUUCCUUGCCCUGGAAAAGGGCCUAAUUAAUGUGAGUGGGUUGUCUGGUUGUAGGAUGGAAUCUGGCUCUCCGAUGUUUGCCACAGGCUUUGCUGCCCUCAGGGUGUGGCUCUGAGAUGGCGGUGUACCAGUUUCAGCUGAGGACUCUUGGACAUAAGUAUUUUAUGGUUGGUUUGGUACUGAGUCUUCCAUAGGAGCUGUUAGGACAGCAGUUAAGGCUGUGGGUUGGCUGUAAGGAGAAGAAUUUGGGAUACCCAGUGUGCAGAUCUCAGUUGUACAUCAAGUUCUUUCUCCUAUGUAGUUUGAAUGUGUUUGUAUAUAAUGUCUAAAGAAGACUAAGAGAUGAUAAGCCCUGCUCAGGGUGUGGGAGAUCCAGCCACCAUGUGGCUUCAAUGAAUUUUUCAAUUGCAAUAAAUGUGAAUAUGUAUGUUUGUAA